GUCACUUUUUUCAAAUUCAAACGGUUUUCUCACCCUUCCCUAUAUAUAUCCUUCAUCUCUACUCAUUUUAACACACCUUUUUCACUUCAAAAUCUCCUCUAUUACAUAAUUCUUCAUCAUUUUGCUUCAAUCAUGGCCGGAGGAAAGAAGACAAAGGCUUCCAAGAAGAAGGGCAACGCCGAAGCUACGACCUCUGCGCCCCAGCCGUUUCCGUACCUGGACGGAUCCUUCUUGGAGUUCGGGUCGGAAGAGGAACUCACACGCUUCAUCACCCACUUCGCCAAGCGCCCCAUCUCUCCGCCAAGAGUGCUGCCCGAGCUAUACCCUCAUCAAAAGGGGUACCACGACCUCGACAAUCAACUCAAAGAGUCGGGUCUGUGGUCGUUCGUCUCCAGAAGCCGUCAAUCCUACAAACCCGCCUACGUCCGGGCUUUCUACUCAAAUCUCCACCAGGACGGGGACACCAUUCGCAGUAGCAUCAAUCUCUACGACAUAGAGAUUGAUUUGGCUACCUUCGCUCGGGUCGCAGGGCUGCCCACCCGCGGUGACGACAUCGCAACAUAUGGCGGUGAUGAUUGGAUCCUCAACAACGAGGCGGUGGUCAUCCGAGAGCUGGGAAUCACCAACCUCGUCCGUCACAGCGGCGCACCAACCAUUCACUCAGCCCCGCCAGAGAAGCAUCUUCUACUCUAUAUCCUCACCCGGAUUCUUCGCCCCCGGGACGGUAGCCACACGUGCCUCUUCAACGAGGAUCUCAAGGCCGUUCAUGCUAUCACCCAUGGCGCCUCAAUCAAUUGGGCAAAAUACGUCAUGAUUCACAUGGCGGAUUGCGCCUCCAUCACCAACGAGCGGAGCUUGCCAUACGCCUUUCUCGUCAUGGACCUCAUCGCCUCCGCCGACAUCCACAUCGCCAGCCCGGAUACAAAGAUGACGAAGAUUUGGAUCAUCCAAGAUAGCACCUUCCGGAAGAAGUCUGGAGACCAAGACGGCGCCGGACCAAGUCGUGCCCGUGCACCAGCCCGUGCCCCUGCCCCCGCUCCCGCCCGGGCCUCGUUGCAAUCCAUAGCCGAUACUCUGAAUCGGCUAACCCUCACAGUGGAUGGCAUGGGGCAGUCAAUCGAGCGGAUGGAUUGGACGCUGCAACGUCAACACCAUGACAUGACGGCGUUCUUCCGCGGCAUCAACUACGUCCCGCCGCCCUUUGACAGCACCAUCCUCGGCCAGAACUAUGAAGGCGAGGACGAGGAGGAUGACUCCUAUGCUCCGUCUUCCUCCCCCGACGAGGCCGACUUUGAGGACGCGGUCGACGGGGAUCCCAUGGACGUCUAGGAUGACGAGAACGAAGACGAUGACGCCGAGGACGAGGACGCCGCUGCCUAGACUCUUCUCUCUCUCCUUUCCCUACUUUGAUUGCAAUUUUUUAUCUAUUUCAAUUCCGUUGUAUUCAGCAUUUUCUCAUCUUUUAAUGAAUAAAAGUUUACUUUUAAUUCCUAAAGUUCACUUUUAAUUCUUUUUGUUAAUGUCAAAAGGGGGAAGAUAUCAAGGUUAUGCAUAAAUUGAGGGGGAAUU